AUGCCUUGUCAAUUUGUCUGGUUCAUUGUAGGCAUCCAACCCAUAGCUAAGAAGCUGGGAAUUGACAUCGUUCAGGCUAUGGUCGGUUGGACCUUUCAUGGUGCGGGCUGGGUACAUCCUAAUUUUGAUGGUUUCGUUGUGUGCCGCGAAGACAUACCUAUCCUCAUGGACGCUUGGCGACAGGCUCGUCGAGACCAGUUGAAGGCGGCUGCCGAGGAGCGCACUCAACGUUCCAUCAGUAAUUGGCAGAGGCUGGUGCGUGGCCUCCAAUUGUGGCAGCGUGUGCAAGCUCAGUUCGAGCUGGUAAGCUCAGCUGUAUCCACUUGCAAACCUCUCGGAGCAGGUCAGAAAGUACCUCAAGAGGCUAAGCAUUCUACCGAAAGUGGACGAGGACGAAGAGGAGGAAAAGGGAGAGUUCGAGGUUCGGGCAAAUCGCAAGAGGCUUCUAGCUUUAUCAUAGCCGCACAGGACCAAAUUGGGAAACCUGAGGCAGGAGACCUUACUUACUUUGGAGAUUCUCGACUCCACGAUGAACUAACUACUCAUGGAUGCUCUAAAGAAAUAGAGAAGUUGGAGGAUUCUGAGCCGGAAGCCCAACUUGAUGCAGAGGAGCAGCUUCACGAGAGUGUUCAAGCGGACAGAAAACAAGCAUCUGGGGCGCCGCCUGACCCUAUCACAUCUGUCCUACCUGCCAGUUCGUUCACUCAACUUGCGUCACAUAAAUGGCGCUGCCUUGACAGUCUUAUGCCGUUUGGGAAUCCAGCCGAUUUACCCACACUAUUUCCGGCUGGCCAAAGAUGUAGUUAUCGGCAGUCACGGGCUCGAGGCUCUUGUGCCAGACGCGGUGGUUUUUCUGGUCCUUGUGUUAAAAGGAGAAUAAGAAAGAAGCGCUCUGGGUCUACAGAUAGCUCAGAGUCUGUCUCUUCAACUGCAGAUAAAGAGAAUUCAAUUUCAAGCCAUGAAAGUGAUGGUGAGUGGCAGCGGCCGAAGGCUUUGCCGGCUGCUCUGACUAAGCAAGAUCUUCCUCGUCGCAGCUCUCGGCGUUGCCCAGAUCGCAAAUCUGCGUUUCAGAAGGCCUAA